AAGGUAUAUAUUCGCUAGCUUCUGGUCAGUCGCUUUCAUCUCUGUGCGGUUGAAAGGUUUGGAGAGCAGAUUGUACAGAAUGAAGUGCUACUGUGCUGUGGUUGUGCUGCUGGCUCUGGCAGUGUUCGGUCAGAGCAGCUUUGCCGCGCAGGUGUCCUACCGCGACUACAAAGUCUACAGCAUCAAUGUGGACAGUGUGGAAAAGCAUACAGUUCUUAAGCGGUGGCAAGAUGUCAAGGGUGUCGAUUUCUGGGACCGUGCCGGGUAUCGUGUGAUGAUUCAUCCGAGUCUGCAGGAAGCAUUCGAGCGAUUCCUCAGCGUGAACCAGUUCAGCUAUGAGCGAAUUAUUGAGGAUGUGGAAGCUACGAUCGAGGCAGAGCGCAAAUAUGAUCAGGAGUAUCGCCGUCGCAAGGCUGUAUCUGGACGUGUUACGGUCGAUUUCGAGCACUUCUGGACGAACGCAGAAAUUAACGAGUACCUGGACGAACUUGCCCAAACAUUCCCCAAUCUGGUGCGUGUAGAAACGAUCGGCACUACUCACCUGGGACGUCCGAUCAAAUCCAUCACGAUCUCGACCAACAAUGGAGUCGCUGGAUCGAAACCCGUUGUGUUCAUUGAUGGUGGCAUUCAUGCACGUGAAUGGGCCGGUAUAAUGUCUGUGAUUUAUUUGAUUCACGAGCUGGUUGAGCACUCGAGCAGCUACGCCGACAUGCUGAACAAGGACUAUGUCAUCGUUCCCGUUGCCAACCCGGAUGGGUAUGAGUUCUCGCACACGGACAACCGUAUGUGGCGCAAGAAUCGCUUCCCGGCUACGAUCCUUUGCACCGGUAUCGAUCUAAACCGCAACUGGGACUACAUGUGGGCUUUCUCUAGCAAUGCUUGUUCUGACUCGUACGCCGGAGAAACGGCCUUCUCCGAGCUGGAAACCCAAGCGCUGAACCGCGUCAUGCAACAGUACGGAUCGAAUAUUGCCCUGUACCUAGCGGUGCACACGUACGGCGAUAUGAUCCUGUACCCGUACGGUUAUGCGUGGCCCUUCAUCCCGGUAACGAACCAGGCCGCCCAUAUCGCACUCGGUGAGCAGGCACGUGAUGCGGUCAGUGCCGUCGGUGGUCCACGGUAUGUCGUUGGUAAUAGUGCCGAAAUCCUCUACACGGCUACUGGAUGCAGUGAUGAUUAUGCUGCCGGUGUCAUCGGCGCUCGGUACGCGUAUACGCUCGAGCUCACUGGUGGUGGCAGCAAUGGAUUCGAUCUACCCGCUUCACAAAUUUCGGCCGUCGCCACCCAAACCUUCCAGAUCUUCCGUACCAUGGUGAACAAUGCGUAACGCAAUGCGAGGGGGAGGGAAUUGAUAUUUUAGCACGAUUAAAAAUUCUGUAGCAGAAAAAGAAUUGGGACGCGUUAUUAUUUCUCCGAAAAAUAAAACAAGCUUUCACCUCAGGUAAGGGGUAGCUCAGUAGCGUUGUGA